UCAAAUCAGAUGGCCUCCUUGCCCUUUUCAUUUUAUUCCAUGCUUUUUAUAUUUCCUCAAAUAUACUUGUGUACAUAUAUUCCUAGGGUUCUCCUCAUAGACUUUGAGACCUAAAAAGUAAAAGAAGAAAGUAGGGCAAAUCAAUCUGUCUCUAUUAAUCUUUACUAAUAAUUCAUCUUCUUCCUCCUCAAAUUAUUUUCUAGGAUUGCAGGUUUCUCUGGUCUGCCCCCUUUCCAUAUUUAGAAACCCUUUUUCUUGCGGUUGCUUGAGAUUUUCCGGGAAAUCGGCUACUGGGGUUUUCCGGAAUUCGAUUUUCGUGUUCGGAAAGGUGAGAAAAUGGUGAGGGGGAAGACUCAGAUGAAGCGCAUCGAAAAUGCAGCGAGCAGGCAAGUGACUUUUUCCAAGAGAAGAAAUGGGCUGCUGAAGAAAGCCUUUGAGCUUUCAGUCCUGUGUGAUGCUGAAGUUGCACUUGUGAUCUUCUCCGCAAGAGGGAAGCUCUAUGAGUUUUCGAGCACUAGCAUCAGAAGCACAAUAGAACGUUACCAAAUGAGAGUGAAGGAUCAAGGCCAGCUCACUACUAAAGCAUUUCAAGAAGAUAUGGAGCAUGAGACGAAUGACACUCAAACCUUGGCCAAAAAGAUCGAGUCUAUUGAAGCUUCUAAAAGGAAGCUGUUAGGUAAUGAUUUGGAAUCAUGUUCCAUGGAGGAACUACAUCAGACAGAGAACCAACUGGAGCGAAGCUUAAAAAAAAUUAGGGCCAAAAAGAAUCAGUUAUUGAGGGAGCAAAUAGAUAAGCUGAAGGAAGAGGAGAAAAACCUAUUGGAACAAAAUGCAAAGCUACGGGAAAUGUGUGGCAUGCAAUCACUUGGUCCUUCGGGAAAAAGCAAGCAUGGAGAUGAUCGUGAAGUAUUCCAGCCCCAGACACCAAAUGUGGACGUGGAGACGGAUUUGUUCAUCGGGCCACCUAAAAGACAACAAAGUAGCCAAAAACUAUAGGAUGACGAUGAUGAUCUCAAAUUCAACAUUGUUAAUAAUAAAAGUUUUCAGCUUCAAAAAUCUGCAGCAGCAGUUUCACAAAGCUUCCUGAUGGCUGUACGUGAUUUUGGGCGUGCGUCUAAAAUAAUUCUGAAGUAAAACGGUUAAAACAUCUAUGUAGUGUAUAAAUUCACGGAAAAUUCUAACCAAAGCGAAAUGCAUACAGUUAAAUGCGUGAAUAUUUGUUUUCUGAACACAGUACUUUAAGUGAAACAACAUUUAUAUAUAACUAGUAUUUGCCUACA